GGAUAAACAAUUUGAAACAAGUGAACGCACAACGAGGAAGAAAGAUGCCGGAGAAAUGUAAUUCAUCGUUUAGUUUACAUUUUCUUUCUGGCACUCACAGAAAUUAGUUCCCUCCGGCCAGUUAGUUCUAAUCUGCGCGCCGAACGGAUUGUUUGUUGAAAUGCGUGCGAAUUCUAGUCGUGUCACUGAGUGUGUAGAACGGUAGUGUGAAGCUGACGUGGACGGUGCAACGUGGCAAUUUUUGUUUGGCAGAAUUUGCGACUUCGUGAACGAUCGGUGAAUCAAAAUUAGUGCCUCCAAAGAAACCUGGCUAGAAAAAAAAUAUACAAAAAAUGCAUCUCCUGCUGCUAGUGUCCACUAUCUGUUUACUGUUCAAUUGUGCCGUGUCGGGCAUUCCUAAGCCGGAGGAAAAACGUGUAUUGGAUCGUGACGUUCUCAAUCAUGCACAACACUUCCAGAACGAUGAGCACAACAAGCAGUACGACCAUGAAGCGUUCCUGGGGGAGGAAGCCAAGACGUUCGAUCAGCUAGAACCAAAGGAAAGCAGACGGAGGCUAGGAAUAAUUGUAGAUAAAAUCGACGCGGACAAAGAUGAUUUUGUCAACCAGGCGGAAUUGAAGGCUUGGAUACAGUAUACGCAGCGGCGCUACAUUGAGGAUGAUGUGGGUCGUCAGUGGAAACAGCACAAUCCAAAUAAUACCGAUCAAAUCAGCUGGGAUGUUUAUCGGAAAAAUGUGUAUGGCUUUUUGGACGAUAUGGAUCCGAAGGAUCUUGAGCAGGGUGAUGAGCAUUUCUCGUACAAAUCGAUGUUGUCCCGUGAUCGACGCCGGUGGAGUGUUGCUGAUCGAGAUGGUGACGAUCGCCUGAAUAAAACAGAGUUCACUGAGUUCUUGCACCCAGAAGAAAGUUUGUAUAUGAGGGAUAUCGUAGUGCAAGAAACUAUCGAGGACAUCGACAAGGAUAAUGAUGGAAAAGUAUCGGUGGAAGAAUACAUUGGUGAAAUGUACCAAGCUCCUGAGGAAAACGAAGAGGAGCCAGAAUGGAUUAAACAGGAACGGGAGACAUUCGCUAACUUCCGUGACAAGAAUAAGGAUGGUUUCAUGAAUCAAGAAGAAGUGAGGGAUUGGAUCAUUCCUGCCGAUUUUGACCACGCGGAAGCGGAAGCUCGACACCUUAUAUACGAAGCCGACUCAGAUGCCGAUGAGAAGUUAACCAAAGAUGAAAUCAUCGAGAAGUACGAUCUAUUUGUAGGAUCACAAGCGACCGAUUUUGGAGAGGCGCUUACACGCCAUGACGAAUUUUAGGCAGAUUAUAUUUUUAGAGCUUAUAAAUAUUUGGACUGACAUGACAAACGUACGCAACUUAAUUACGUAUUCCUUUCCUUUAUGUGUUUCAUAAAUACUAAUAAUCUCGAGAAUACAAAUAAGAUUACCGUUUUAAGUUCGCAUUUAUGAUCUAGUUAUGUGAACGCAUUAACAAAUUUGAGCCAUUCAUGUUUAGUAUUGCAUGUAAUAAUAAAAAAACUGAUUUUAACAGAAA